GUGCCCCUCGUUCGUACAUAUGUAAGAUACAGAUGAAGUCGGAGUUGAAUUGAAAAUGAAAUGGAAAUGAAAAUACAACCCACCUAUUUUUGUUUCAUUUCAAUGUUAUACGAUUAAGUGAUUCGUUCUCUAAUAUAUAUUUUUAAAACUGUUAUUUAUUAUUCGUGUGACUGCGGCGACGGUUUCUCGUGUGUUUCUCGGUGCUCCGCUCGUAGCAGCCCAGAAGAAGUGUUUUGCUACUUUGUGAGGUGCAACUUGGUGCUCUUUGGCGCUGUUUGGAGUGUGUCUCUGCUCCGAACGACGACGGGACGUUUCUUGCUGCUGCCUUUUGCUGCGCCACUUUUAUCGCCUGCCACCAACAAUUCGAUUAGCCCAACAUACAAAAAAAAAACAAGCCCAUUUUGGCACCUUACAGCGCAAAGUAAAACGCAAGAAGAAACAGGGCCAACACACAAGUAGUUCCGGCUUUCCGGAUUCGUUGAUUUCGGUGGCUGUGCGGAGCAUUCGGACGCAAGCAAAACGAAGGGGGAAAUCAAAUCCCGAAAACAGUUAGAGAAGUCAGUCGUACAAUUGGCAUUCGGGCGCCUACACUCGAUCCCGAUUUGCGGUCUUGAUUUGAACAGAACAGGAAACAGGGAACAGGAAAAAAAUGUGGAAAGCCGUGGUGAAAAAUUUCUCGGAAAAGUGACGGUGAUGGUUAUUUUCCACUGUGCGAGAAAAAUAAUAUGAGAAAGAAAUAAUUACUGGUGAAAACUAAUUUGGUGCUGUGUGUGUGCUUACUGAAAAAAAAAAUGAUAAGUUCGGUGGAAAAUAUGAGAAAAUAAGUUCCGAGUGAUAAUUUGGUGUCGUUUGGCGGAAGAUUAUUGGGUGCUAAGGUGUUGAGGUGAUUGGUUAUUUUUCGCUGCUUGCAAGAUUAUUGACCACAUCGAAAAAGUGUUGCGUGUACGCAAAGAUAUUAUGGACAGUGCAAUGGAUUCGGCAUCGACGGCCAGUGAUCAUAGCAUAGCGUCGUCCAACGAUUCCAGAGGUCGUAAUCUGUCCUCCCCAGCGAUGCCCCAUACGCACAAUGGUAGCGGCCACCACAUGGACAAAACCCGUACUCCAACGCCUGUGAGUCCGGUGCACAACAGCCAUACCGCGGCCAUGAAUCACAUCUCGAGCCGUCAGAUGGCUUCUAGUCCUUUGGGGGCGACACCCCAGCAGAUGAUGAGUAUGCCCCAUCCGUUGAGUCCCCCGCACGUGUCGACACCCAACGCGAUGGCAAUGGUCGGAAUGCCCCCACGAAUGGCCGGAAAUCUGUCGCACAUUCCGCCCCACGGUCUAGGACUGCUGAAUUCCUUCAUGCACCACGCCAGCCCGCUGGAUCUGAUGGCCGCUGCCCAUCAUCACGUACCUCCCCGAUCGUACAAUAGCCCUCCGCCGAUCUCCAGUUCCGAUCCCACGGCGAACGAGUGCAAACUGGUCGAUUACCGGGGCCAAAAGGUGGCCGCUUUCAUGAUCCAGGGCGACACGAUGCUUUGUCUGCCGCAGGCGUUCGAGCUGUUCCUGAAGCAUCUGGUCGGAGGUCUCCACACGGUGUACACCAAGCUGAAGCGGCUGGACAUUGUCCCGCUGGUGUGCAACGUCGAGCAAGUGCGAAUACUUCGCGGCCUCGGCGCCAUCCAACCGGGCGUCAACCGAUGCAAGCUGCUCUCGUGCAAGGACUUCGAUGUCCUCUAUCGGGACUGUACCACCGCCAGAUUGAUGGAUGCAAUCGGAUGCUUAUCGAUAAAACCACCUGAGAGUAACUCUCUGCUAUCGCACAGCUCUAGGCCCGGCAGACCACCGAAACGAGGCCCCGUGGGACUUUCGAUGCCGGCGUCGCACAUGUCGCAUCACGCCGCCUCCCAGAUCAAGAAACACCGGCUGGACAAUGGCGAAUUCGUGUACGAGAACGGACACUUGAAUGUUUUAUUAACAGAUCUUCCCCGUUUGGACAAAUCGCCACUAUUAGCCAACGGAUACAACGCUCCCCCGACGCACUUGAACCAUAUUCCGUUCAUGCAGAUGAACCCCCAUCCGGGUGCCGGUCACCCACUGAUGAGCCCCGGGGUGAACCCGCAUGGAAUUCCGCGGCCGGACGGUUCGAUCAUCAAGGGUCAGAAUAUUCCCGGAAUGGAGGCUAUCGCGAGAGCUGCUUAUGAGGACAUAGUCAAACAUCUGGAGCGGUUGCGCGAGGAACGAGGCGAGGAUCGGACUGCUCACAUUGAGCAGAAGCCGCGAGAUCUAAGUUCCCAAAGCGUUCCCCCACCAGACUCACCGAAUGGAGCCAGUCCUGUGCUGAAUCUGUCCAAGUCCGGCGGUGACCAGACCAGCGGUGGUGCCCCUAGCGAGCGGAGUAAUCCAAACUCGCCGGAGCCUUCGGUGCACGAAGAGGACGAGAAUAUCAGCGAAGCGAACAUAUCGGACACCGAGGAGACAAACGAGAAGGAAGAUGUAGACAUCAGCGACUGCGAGAGGGACAUCGUGUCACCUGUUCCGGCGACAGUUCCGGUUUCGCAAGAGAUGGAAAGCCGCCAGCAGGCGCUCAAUUAUUCGAGUUUGGCGGCGACUGCUGCCGCUGUUGCGGUCGGUAACGUACCGACGGCACAGGAUCCCACCCUUUCGUCGACGGAGACGCUGCUGCGGAAUAUCCAGGGGCUGCUAAAAGUGGCCGCGGACAACGCCCGGCAGCAGGAGAGACAGACGAGCUACGAGAAAGCUGAGCUGAAGAUGGACGUAAUCCGAGAGCGUGAAGUCAAAGACUCCUUGGAACGCCAGUUGGCCGAUGAAAAGCGACUCCGAGGGCUUUAUCAGAAACGUUUCAAAAAAGAGCGCCGAUUGCGAAUCCAGCUGAAGGAGCGAUUGGAUAGCGAGCGGAAGCGUCGCACCCAGCUGGAAGAGAUUAUCAAAGCCUCGGGAGCCCCAACCGAAGCGCUGCGAAUUAUCGCAGAAAACAUCAGCAACGACCAGCAGCGGGAAAAGGAACGCGAACGGGAAACGGAAAGGGAACGCGAGAAGGAACGUGAAAAGGAGCGCGAGCGGGAGAAGCAUCGCGAGAAGGGACGCGAGGAACGGGAGCGAAUCGAGUCGGAUCGGAUUCGCGAUCGGGACACCGACAGGGAACGGAGUCGAGAGCACGAGCGGGAAAGGGACCGCGAAAGGGGUUCCUCGGCGGAACGGUUCUCCAAGGAGGGAAGCCCGAUCAUCUCGAGGGGUGCCAGCCAGGAAGUGUCGCCCCCGCAGCCACACAUUCCCGAGGGCAAGGCGUGGAACUAUCCGGGACUCGACAUCAUGGCGACCGGCGCGUUCUGGCAGAAUUAUUCCGAAUCCUUGGCUCAAGAGUUGGAACUCGAGCGCAAAGUGCGACAACAGGCGGCCGAAGGCGAAGUCAAGGGUCCACUCCAAGAUCGCUCCAAUUACUACAAAAACUCCGUACUGUACAGCAGUGCCACUUAGUUCCAGCAAUUAUGGCUAAUCUUUUCAUCGCUCUCGACAGCACUCACUAUGCUCCUCGCAGCAGCAAUUGCGCUGCGUCGAACCGCUGCUGCUGCUGCUGCUGCUGCCGGCCACUGUUUGCUACUAUUUCCACCACCAGAACUCGGUGGAACAAUGUAUGUGCAAUUAUACUCCAAGCAAAGGAUAUAGGCGAAAACACACACCGUUUUUGAUAUCAUAGAAGAAAGAGGAGAAAUGAAAAAAAAACCCGAUUGAAUCACGUGCAGUAAACCCAUUUCAGAAGCCGCUUUCGCUAUUUAUUCCAAUUUGCUUCUCUGAUUGGACUGAGGCGAGAAGGUGAACAUUUCAUACGAACCGAGAAAAAUGAGCAAAAAUCUUUGAACUGAGACUAGGAUUUUAAUGAUAGACGAACAUGUAUUUAUUUAACUCUGAAUGGAAAAUUUUUAACAGUGAAAAAAAAACUAAAAAUAAAAAGAAACGGUCAAACUUAGUGAUAAGUUUUACUACGCACUAUAAUCGAAUCAAAAACCGAGAAAAAAAAACAAGGUAAUAACCAUUUCCAGAGUAGUAUAGAAUGUGAUCUCAAAACAGAAACAAAACACAACACAGUCUCAAUAUAAUCACUCUGAUAAUUUAUCUCACAAACAGUAAAGCAGCAAAGGCAUCAAAAAAGUGUAAUUUAUUUGUGGUUAAUCGAUGUUAAGUAGGUGAAUACUAAGCAACCGCGUGAAGGAGGGGGAGAAAACAUUUUUAGUACAACUAACCUAGCACAAAUAUAUUUUAUUUCUUUUUUCGUUCAUCUCUCAGUCGUCAUAAAUUGUGAACAUACACAAGUAAAGCCGAUAGAUUUGUAAAAUAGAAUAAACAAAAUGGUUCAGUUUGAUCUGUCAGCCAUAUAUUUUGUAAAAGUUCAUAGUGAUUAAACCAUGUCUGUAAACAUAGAAGCGUUUUCUUGCGAACGAAACCGUACUGUAAUUCAUAUGAAAAAUGAAAAAAAAAAACGUAUUAUCAAAUGAAACCAUAUUUAAGACAACAUAGGAAUCGUGAAUGAAGUACUAAUUUCGUGUUUUUGAAAAAGAAAAAAAUAGAAAUGUAAAACGAGCACAACACUUACACCCAAACACACACACAAAUACACGUCGUGAAAAUACUUAGUAUUUUUCCGGGUUGAUUUCUUCCAGAUAAUCUGUGUUUAUAUUUAAGUAUUAGUGAAGGAAAACCAGUGAUAGUGGACAUAAAUGUAAAAAUAUACAAAUCAUCUCGGGAAACAAACUUAUUUGAGAAACGUAAUUUCGUUACUUUUAACAAUAUCAUUAUUACCGAUAAGUAGCUUCAUUGUAAACUUAAUUUUUUUUUUGUACAAAGAAUCAAUUGCGUCAAGCACAACUACACGACGACGUCUUUAAUGAAUUUCCCUUCCGCAUUUAAAUCUGAACCAAAAUAGGGUGCAAGUUGUCCUGACUUAUUUAUUAUAUUUUUUGACACCAACAGACAAACCAACACACAAAAAACGCUAUUUAUCAAGCAUAAUAUUGUAUCUAUAAAUAUAUACAUAAAGUAUGAAUAAAAAAAAUGUAAUAGAAACAUUCGAAGUAACAUAAUUGGCAAGAUCACGCGCGGUAAUAUACACGUUAAAUUAUUCGCAACGAAUAAUUUUUGUUUUUCUAUGUAAUUAAGGGCUUAUUGUUAAUGGUGAGAAACAAGUGGACAAAUACAGCAGUACACAGAAAAAGAAGGCAACAGCAAAAGAAUAAAAAAAAGAGUAAAAAAAAAACAACCGACGAGUCAUAUGACACAACAUUUUUUUAAAAAUGAUUACGCAUAGUAAGUAUGAUUACAUAACAACAAAACUGCUGUAACUUGAAAUGCUCUGUGCUAUAAGAAAGAUCAAAUA